GCAGUAGGAGACGCUCUAGACAGGAGCCGUCUAAUAGGGCUUUGCCCCUCUAGGAUGCAGCCGUCUCUGACCCAGUGUCUGGGCUGGCAGGAGGACCCUGUGGAGGGAGCUGCUCUUUUCCGCCUCGGAAACCCUGAGGGAGCGGAGGCCCCCCCCCGCAACCGGGAAAGGGGCGGGGCGACUGGGUGGGGGCGGGUCCGUCGUGACCGAAGGCGGCGGCCUCGGAGGGAGUUUUCCUCCCGUUGGGGCUGCGCUGAAGCCGGAGACCGAAUGGAGGCCCGGGGGUCUCCUUUGAAGGCGGGGAGCGGCCUCCCCGAGGGGCCCCGCAGCUCCGAGGCUGAGCGCUGGAGGUUCCGCAGCUGCCGCUCCCUGGAAGCCGAGGGGCCCCGGGCGCUUUGCAGCCGCCUGCACGGGCUGUGCCGGGGGUGGCUGCGGCCCGAGCGGCGCAGCAAAGCCGAGAUGCUGGACCUGGUGGUGCUGGAGCAGCUGCUGGCCCUGCUGCCCCCGGAGCUGUCGGGCUGGCUGAGGGAGUGCGGGGCGGAGAGCUGCGCCCAGGCGGUGGCCCUGGCCGAAGGCUGCCUCCUCGGCCCACCAGCCGCCCCGGAGCCCGCAAAGGGGCGGCAGAUGCAGGAGCCAUUCAUGGGAGAGAUCUCAGCAGAGCUCCAGGGAACAGGAGAUCCAUCCAGUCCUUCUAAAGAGCUUUUCAGAAGGAUCCAACUGGGGCCACCUUGCCAGAGUUCUGCUCCCUUUGAGGAGGUGGCUGUGGACUUCACAGAGGAAGAGUGGGCACUGCUGGAUUCUGGCCAGAAGGAUUUAUGCCGGGAAGUCAUGCUGGAGAUUUCUAAGAAUAUGGCCACUCUGGCAGGUGAUGGGCUGGAGAAUGAGACUGACAAGCAGCCGAGGUUAAUGCAAAUGCAAACAGCAAAGCAUGAAAUGGAAGAAAUGGUGUUUGGCCAUCAAAGAGACCCACAAAUGCAAGUGAGAAGCCCCUCAGAAGAUGGAGAGGAGAUCUCCUCCAUUUCUCUCCCUAUUGAAAUCCAUGACUUCCUUACCCAGCAAGGUCAGAAAGGGAAGAGAAAAGAAAAAUAUGGCAAAAGAGAGCAAAGUGAAUUUGACUUAGGGGAAUGCGGCAGAAGCCAGAGCACAGGAAAAGAGUAUGGCACCAAACAGUGUGGAAAAUAUGUCAAUCAGUUCUUCUCUCUUGCUUUACAUACAAAACUCUACGGGAAACACAAAGCACAUACUUUUCUAAAAUUUGGGAGGGAUUUCGUUUUGGGCAGAAAGAUAAAACUCUGCAUGAGGUGUGGAAAGAGCUUCAGUAGCAAAAGUAAUCUCAAUCGCCAUCAGAGGGUCCACACCGGUGAUAAACCACAUAAAUGCAUGGAGUGCGGAAAGCAGUUCAGUCAGAAAGGACACCUUACUCAUCACAGACGGAUCCACACAGGGGAGAAACCAUAUACAUGCACAGAAUGCGGAAAGAGCUUUGCGCAAAAAGGACAACUUAGUUCUCAUAGAAGGAUCCACACAGGCGAGAGACUAUAUAAAUGCAUAGAGUGUGGAAAGAGGUUUAUUGAGAACAGAGAUCUUAUUUGCCGUGAAAGGAUCAAUAUAGAGCGGAGUCAAUAUAGGUGCAUGGAGUGUGAAAAAAGCUUUACUGACAAUUUUACCCAUCAUGAAAGGAUCCACCCUGUAGAGACGCCCUACAAGUGCACGUCGUGUGGAAAAGGAUUUACUCAGAAAGGACAUCUUACACGUCAUGAACGAAUCCAUUCAGGGGAGAGACCAUAUAAAUGCAGAGAAUGUGGAAAGAGCUUUGCUGAGGAAGGGCGACUGAAUUCUCAUAAAAGGAUCCACACAGGAGAAAGACCAUACAAAUGCACAGAGUGUGAAAAGAGCUUCACUCAGAAGGAACAUCUUACUUGUCAUGAAAGGGUCCACACAGGGGAGAAACCUUAUAAGUGCACAGAGUGUGGAAAGGGCUUCAGUAGAAACUCUUAUCUCAACCGUCAUCAGAGGAUCCACACAGGUGAAAAACCAUAUGGUUGCAGGGAGUGUGGAAAAAGAUUCAUUGAGAAUAGAGAGCUAACUUCCCAUCAAAGGAUCCACACAGGAAACCGACCAUAUAAAUGCCUAGAGUGUGGAAAGAGCUUUUUUGGCAACAAAGAUCUUAUUCGUCACCAAAUGAUUCACAUUGGGGAUAAGCCAUUCAAAUGCCUUGAGUGCGGAAAGAGCUUUACUGAGAAAGGAAAACUUAUUUCUCAUAAAAGUGUCCAUUCAGGAGAGAGACCAUAUAAAUGUCUGGAGUGUGGAAAGAGCUUUAUUCAGAAAGGAAAACUGAAUUCUCAUAAAAGGAUCCACACAGGGGAGGGACCAUAUAAAUGCAUGGCGUAUGAAGACAGCUUUAUGGACAACAAAGACCUUAAUCGCCACCAAAGGAUCCACACAGGAGAGAGUCCUUAUAAAUACAGUGAGGAUGACAAAACCUUUUUAACGACUACGGGACCUUUAUUUGUCAUGAAGACAUCCAUACAGGAGGAAAUGAUAAAUGCAUGGAAUGUGGAAUAAGCUUCAUUGAGAAUACAGGUAGCCCUCGACUUACACCCACAAUUAAGCCCAAAAUCUCUGCUGUUAAGGGAGACAUUUAAUUGAGUUUUGCCCCAUUUUAUGACCUUUCUUGCCACAGUUGUAAAGUGAAUCACUGCAGUUGGUAAAGUUAUUACACGGUUGUUAAGUGAAUCUGGCUUCCCCAUUGACUUUGUUUGUGAGGCCUCAAAAGGGAAUCAUGUGAUCCCGGGACACAACAAGCGUCAUAAAUAUGAACCAGUUGCCAACUGUCUGAAUUUUGAUCACAUGAUCUUAGGGAUGCUGCAAAGGUUGUACCUGUGAAAAACAGUCAUAAGUCACAUUUUUCAGUGCUGUUUUAACUUUGAACAGUCGCUAAAUGAACUGUUGUAAGGCGAGGACUAUCUGUAGUGUGCUUCUCAUUAAAAGAGGCACAUAGGAAAAACCAUAUAUAGAAAGUCCUUGACUUUCAAGAGUUCGUUUAGUGAUUGUUCAAAGUUAACAAUGGCACUAAAAGUGACUUCUGACUAUUGGAGCAUCCCCAUGGUCACGUGAUCAAAAUUCAGAUACUAGGCAAUUGACUCAUAUUUAUGAUGCUUGCAGGGUCACGUGAUCCCCUUUUGUGACCACACCAAAAAUGUCAAUGGGGAAGCCAGAUUUACUUUACAUUUUGACUAAUUUAAGGCUACUUUUGCUGACUGCCAGCUAACCGCAAUUUGGCAGAUCGAAUCUCACCAAGCUCAAGGUUGAUUCAGCCUUCCAUCCUACCCAGGUGGGUAAAACGAGGACCCAGAUUGUUGGGGGCAAUAUACUGACUCUGUAAACCACUUAGAGAGGGCUGCAAAAGCACUGUGAAGCGGUAUAUAAGUCUAAGUACUAUUGUUAUUGCUAUUAACACAGUGGUUCACUUAACUAUGGAAACAAAGGUCAUAAAAUGGGACAAACUCAAUAAAUGUUUAUUUAGCAACAGAAAUUUUGGGCUCAAUUGUGGUCAUAAGUUGACUAUAACUCCAUGAAAUUGUUGUUUAAUUCAAAACAAUCAACUUUUUCAUCAUCAAAGGACGCAGACACAGGAGGAAACAUUUUAUCGCAUGAAACCAGCAGAGAUAUUUGGUUUGUAUAAAUUAUAUAAAUAAAUUUGUUCCAUUAUUUCGCAAAAGGAUUCGGGUGCUUCCUCUAUCCGUGGCAGUUGAUCAGAAAAAUAGUCAGGAAUUCAGAUUGGAAGAGAGAAGAAAUAUUAACUCUCUCUAGGAAUAAGGGUAGUUCACAUCCAUCACUUGUAUCUUUAUUUGUAUUCUAGCAAGGCUUCCUCCAUGCAAUCACUGAAUGCUCCCUAAAAAGCCUCUAACCUGCCAGUCCCGUAAAGUUCAAAUUGUGCUCAAACUGGGGGUUCAGCAAGACAAUCCCCUUUUCUGAACUGCAGUGCUGAACAAGCCUUGUCAGAACACAAGAUGAAAACAUUUGUGCUUGGGUGCCCAUACUCCUAAACUCAGAGAACUCCACAUACAGGAGACUCUCUUUUACUAUUUUCAUUUUUUUUGGCCCCAUCUUUUUCUGUUUCUCUUGCUUUCUUUUCCAUGCAGAUAUCUUCCCAGAUUAUGCAAUCCAAUUUUGAGAGGUUGUACAACUUCCUGAACCAAAUUACUCGCUCUUGUUCUCUCCCACUGAUGUUCUGACUUCCACUCUUUC